UGAAUAGUCAGUCAAAGUGAAAUACAAGAAAACAAAUCCCUCUCUCCUCUCCCCACUCUCUAAAUUCUCCUUUUAGGUAGCCAUGACCGCAGCCACCAAGAAACACCUACCCUCCUCCUCUAAGCCACCCAAGAACCACCACUCUAACCCCAACACCACCACCACAACAACCCCACAACCUAACAUCACUCAAAACCCUAACCCAACCACUAAUCCAUCACCACUAUCUCCCACCCUCAAAGACCAGGUUUUGUCACGCGCCACCCACAUCACGCGCCAAGAACUCCUCAAAAGAAGGUCUUACAAGCUAAAACAACUCUCAAAAUGCUUCAAAGAUCAUUACUGGGCAUUAAUGGAAGAACUCAAGAUUCAGUACAGAGAGUACUAUUGGGAAUAUGGUGUCAGCCCUUUUAAAGAAGACCAUCAAAACACCCUUCAAAAACAAGAACAGCAGAAACAGGGUGGUGGGAUUGGCGUUCUAGAGAGGGAGAAUGAAGAGAGUGGGGCUAAUAUUGAAGUUAUUGGUGAAAAUAACACUAAUGUUAGUGAUUUGAAGAGUAAUCAUAGGUGUUUGUUUGUUGGGUGUAAGUUAAAGGCUAUGGCUUUGACAAGUUUUUGUCAUCUUCAUAUACUUUCUGAUGCAAAGCAGAAGCUUUACAAGCCUUGUGGUUAUGUUAUCAAAAGUGCUCAGGCUGGACCAAUAACAUGUGGAAAGCCAAUACUGAGAUCAACUGCUCCUUCUCUCUGCACCAUCCAUGUCCAAAAGGCCCAGAAACAUGUGACUCAGGCUCUGAGGAAAGCAGGUCUUAAUGUUUCUUCAUCGAGUAAGCUUGCUCCUAAAUUUCAUGUCAUUGUGACAGAAUAUGUGCGUCAAAUUCAAUUCAAAAGAAAGGCUGCAGAAAGGGGAAAUCGGAGUAAAGUCAUGGACAAGGAAGUGACUGCUAGCUGAGCUGUUUCUCCAUUGUAGAGAUGACUUAUGAAGCAUGAGUAAACAUUGUUGGAAUAACCCAAGAUAUUCUUGUCCAGGUGUUUUAUCUUCUAUUGACAACACUAGGUGUAGUAUAAUGGUUUUACUACAUGGACUGCACUAGCUACUUUGUGGAAGCAUCAUCCAAGUCUCUACUGUUAUCCAGCCCCUGCAAUUGGAGUUUUUAAAGAUGAGCCCGCUGAACAUCAUCCAAGUCUCUACUGUUAUCCAGACCCAGCAAAAAAGUAACCAAGUCAUUCAACAGCAUGUCGGUGGCAUGACCUGUGUUGAAUACAUUAUCACAUCAAAUGGCUUCCAAUGAUAAACCCGACCUUAUGUCCAGGAGAUUAUGGUCAAGUUAAACCACAGCUCAAGCUUGAAUUGGGCAUGACCUGUCUAGAUUGCAGCCCCAGCCUGGGGACUGGGAGCACUGCUUCAAAUUUUCAUUUUUGAAAGCAGUCUUCUCUGCAAAACUGAUAAUAGAAUCUGCUACAAUUAACUUCUCCAGUGAUGCAUGAUCUUACUACAAUCACAACAACAAUAAGUGUGUUUGUGAACAUGCUGAUCCUUUGAUUCUUAAUAUAUGUCAACAAAUCUCCAGUGAUCC